AUGAGUUUGCCGAAUGUUUCAGCAACAACGGACACGCAGCCGUGGUUCGCCGCAUACCUAGCUCCUAAAUGCAAACAGCCCAAAGGCAUGAGCCGAGAGGAGCUUCUGGCCAUCCUGAAGGAGGAUCCAGACGCGGUGGGCAGGGGCAUUGUGCUCGUUGACCUCCGAAAAGCUGAUCACGAGGGCGGCACGAUUCGAGGGUCAAUCAACUUACCCGCGCAGAGCUUGUACCCGGCCCUGCCAACCUUAUACGGCCUCUUUAAGGCUGCUGGUGCUCGCAAGGUCGUAUUUUACUGCGGCUCUUCGCGAGGUCGCGGAACGCGCGCAGCUGGCUGGCUGACUGAUCAUAUCGAGAAUCAAGGCGACACCACCAUGGAAAGCCUGGUUCUCCUGGAUGGGGUUCGGGGUUGGGCGGCCGGCGGACCCGAGUUCGUCAAGUUCAUGGAAGGGUACGACCAAUCUGCGUGGGCAUAG